UUCAAACUUGCUACGUGCUCCCGGAAUAGUCGUUCACGUGGCUUGACUACUUCGCUUCGUCGUCCUAAGCAAGAACCAAUUACUCCGUCUCUAACGAUGAUUCUAUCUUCGCUCCAAUCGCGACAUUGAGGUACCUGGUGAUGGAAUCCCAUAACAGCUAUGUGAGUACCUAAGAAGUAUAGCAUUCCUAUUAAAGAAACGUCCAUGUCGUCUGCAGCCUUCAUUGGCGACGUACCUCGGUCAUCAUCAGCAAGUGGGAGACAACUACCAGCCUAUCGUGCGAGAUACUCUCGCCAUCGCGUCGAGAGAGCCUGCGACAUUUGUCGUCGCAGGAAGGAGCGUUGCGAUGGAGCUCGGCCGUAUUGCUCUGGCUGCGUAGCCGCGGGCAGAGAAUGCGUAUACUCCGGUCACACCAAAAAGCGAGGUCUACCAGAGGGAUGGGUACGUUCGUUGCAAAAGAUAUGGGCUAUGGCUAUAAUGCGCAAUUCAGACCUGGAGGAUGACAUCCUCGCCAUUGUAUCCGAUGGGCUAAAAGACCCGACUCAAAAAGACUUUGCCGCACUCUGGACGGACGAAUUCAACGAAUAUGGCCUGUUUCAGAGAUGGAAAAGGUCUAGGGUGUCACGAGAACUCGAAAAUCUGCUCCCAUCGCUGGAAAAUCUUCCUUUAAACAAAGUUAAAGACACAUCCGGAGAAGAUGAGGUAGAGGUUGUUCAGGAACUCCAUCGAAGUGACAGCUAUAUCCAAGCCCAAGGCAUUCCACAAAUUCGUGAUGCUUCAGAUUUGAUCGCAAUAACUGAGGACGCAGCAAUGGACGACGACAUCGGAGGUCAGAACGAAGCAAUUAAAGCGCUGCAUGAUUCCCAGAAUACUGUUGUGCUGACCGCAUCUACCCCGGAUCUGCUCAACUCUUAUUUUACAUGGACUCAGUCCUGGCUACCGAUCAUUGAAAAACACACCAUCUACCGCGAAUGGCACCAAUAUUCCGAAGGGACCUCAACUUCACUUUCAGGCGAGCACGUCUGCCUCAUGGCCAUUACCAUCUAUGAACAAUUACAUGGACCGAAAUCUCCACGUUUAGCCACUCCUGAAGCCGCUAUCAAUGGUGGAGAUUUCUAUAAUCUACAGGUCGCGAUAGAGAACUUGAUACCAAAGGACAAUAAGGAGCUUCGACUUGCCCAUGUUCAGGCUCUACUUAUUCUUACAUUAACAGUGCUGGGCCUGGGACGUCUCUUGGAUGCCUGGCUACUUGUAGGUCGGUGCUCUAGAUUGAUCCUUCUCCUGAAAUCGACAAGUGCUGGGUUCAUACCUAGCUACGAAUUGAGACAGAGCCCUCAACCAGACAGAAUACAACAUGUAUUACUUGCAUGUUUUGUCAUCGACUCUCUGUUGUCAUCUAGGCUUUCCAUUCACCCACAUAUUCGACCUGAAGACCUCACAGACAGGGAUCUCGUGGAAGAGGAUGGUGAUGAAGAGUGGACACCGUUGCCGCAAGCCUUCCAGUCUGGUGGAGCGGCCUCUGGGCCGAUGUUCGCGAUGAGUACUCUCAAUCAGUUGGUACAAGCGUCGAAGUUCUACGGACGACUUUCUGCAAGUUCGACGUCUGCCGAACGGCGUUUGGCGGAGCUCCAGUUACUUGAAGAUGACAUUGAAUCUUGGUGUCAAGGUCUCCCGAUCAAGAGUCGCUUGGCAUAUUCAUUCAAGGAAGAUGACUUGGGCCACUCUCCUCAUCUCUGGAUGGUUCAAUUAAUACUUCUGAGUACCUUGACUGCUGUGGUGGUUCAACGGAAACGGCUUGGGCAAGCCGAUCCGAAGAAUUCUUAUCGACUAUCAGCACUAUUUCAGCAGCUGAGUCUUCUACUGACAACUCGGGCAAAGAAUUUGAACUCGGCGGCCAUUCCUCCGAUCUGGGAGCCAAUUUUAUCUACAUUAAUGGACAAUAUUGAAGAAGCCGAGAGUUUAUCGCUAACUUUCACCGAAGACAUACUUGUCUCUCUGAAAGCAAUUGUCGCUAGCGCAAGCAGUGUUUGGCCGGCCUUUAACGAUCUCAAUGGCAGACUUGAGUCACAUUCAGCAGACACAGCUGAGCUUCGCCGCAGCACAACACAGCCCCCAAUACAACAGGGCCAAGCUACAGACAAUGCAUUCUCUCGCAUGACUGAACAGGAGCUUGUGUCCGCCAGCGACCCUGUUGGUAAUGAUAUGAACAUGUCACGAGGUGCAAUUCCAGCAGACUUGCACCGAUCGGACCUCGACCUUCGUCUCCUUCAAGCGGACGACGGCGAAGUUACCAAUACGUCUACGCUGUGUCAAAUCGGUCCCACCGAGCCGAUACCCCCAAGCACCCAAAGCGAUACCGGGUCUUUAAUGCCCGAUUUUGUUACCAUGGAUGCCCUCACAUGGGAUUCGUCCUGGCAACAGAGCUUUCAGCACCUGGGCUUCUCACAACUAGAAGCUACAAACGAUGGUUUGAAGUCGUUCUUUGACGAGAUGUGAAGUAAUUUUGUCGGAAUUAGUGCCUAUAAAGUACCAGAAUGCUCCAAAUUAAAAUCAGAACUCAAUGUCAUCAACUU